ACAAAAAAGCAUUUCCCCCAUCUAAUAGGACCACAGACUUCGGUAGGAGCAAAUUCCUCCGUACCGGCGCUGCAGAAGUUGAUCAUCAGGAAUGGGAGACGACGCACAGCUCCACCAACUGUGCCAGUCAGGCGAACUCGACAAAAUCAUCGAAUUUGUGGUCCAAUUUCCUGACGAAGUUUCUCUGGACGAGCGCCUUGCAAACCGCAAGGGAGUCUUCGGCUACACUCCGCUCCACGAAGCUGUCGCGAGCGGCCAUCACAAGGUUCUCGACUAUCUCCUCGUCAGAGCCGGGGACAACCAUGUCAAUUGCCGCGCCAACAGUGGCUACACUCCGAUGCACUUGGCCGCCAGCAGCGGUCACGUAGAAUGCGUGAGGGCGCUCCUGAAACACAACGCCGACAUCAGCGUCACGGACGAGUACGGCAAGACGCCCAAACAGACGGCCGAGCUGAGCUCUAAAAUGCCCAUUGUACGCGUACUCAGGGGAGCAGAGAUUUUGAGGGAAGUAAAAAACAAUGGGGAUAACCUGCCAGAGCUGCUGAAGCAGGCUAACCCUGACCAACUGGAGCCCAACUGUCUCAACGACGCCCUUGUCGCAGCAGUUCAAAAUGACCACCACCAGAACGUGGGCACACUGAUUGUGAAGGGAGCUAGCAACAUAUCAGAGGCAUUGAAGCUAUCAGUCAGUGAAAAGAAGGUCCACGCCAGUGCCAUGCUCAUGCUUGUUUACGCGGCCAUGGACGGAAACUGCAAUCUCGUGCGCCAGCUCUUUGACGAUAUUCGAAUUGAGGACCAGCCGUGCCAGGAGUGCAGCAAGUCAAGCGGAGGGACGUACUCCCUCAUGUUGCGGAUGCUGCACCAGUCCAUGACAGACCAGGAUUGCAGGGAAUGCCUGCAGAGUGUGCAAAGAGUCCUCAAAAUCAGCGACAUUCUCACAACUAUUCCCAUCGAGAUUGCACGGAGAAACAUUGCCGGAAACACAUCAGCCCAGAGAGCCAAGCGAUGCGGACACGUCCGUGAGGAACUCCUGAUGAAGACUGAUGUGAAUAAAGAGGAGAAGUCGGUUCAUUGGCAAGGGCUAGGGCUCCGCACCAUUGAGCUCAGCUGGCUGAAGAGAGUGGACUGGGUCAAGACACUCCUCAUUGGGCGAAACCAGCUGAGAUCUUUGCCUGGGCAGAUAGGAACACACCUGAAGCAGGUUACAAACCUCGACAUUCAAAACAAUGAGCUGGAGAAGAUUCCCGAUGACCUGCUACAACUCCCCUGCCUGGUGGACCUCAACCUCUCCCACAACAAGCUCCAAAACCUCCCAGACGUCGCACAGUGGUCCCCUUCUCUUACCACCCUCGACCUUUCCCACAAUAGUCUUAGGAGCUUCCCGGAGUUAGUCGAGGCCCCGUCUAUGCUCAAGUUAAGCAUCGCUGACAACCAAUUCCGAACUGUGCCAAAGAGCAUCUGCUCGUUCUCCAUGCUAGUGUCACUGGACAUUUCCAGCAACCAGGACAUACUUGCCCUACCUGUUGAUAUGGGGCGCCUUUCCCACCUCGUCACCCUCAACCUGAAGAACUUGAAGGACCUACAUGACCCCCCCAGAGCGGUCCAGGGGGACGCCCGAGACUGCAUCGAGUACCUCAAACAGAAGUUGCAGAAUGUGAAAGCCUUCUUCAAGAUGAAGCUGAUGCUAGUCGGCCACGCAGAGCGGGGGAAAUCAACACUCGUUGCUGCACUGCGGAAUGCAGAUUACACAGGCAUACACACAGUCGGAGUCGAAGUCAGUGACUGGAAGUACCGACCACACAUUGGUAAGCCUAAGUUCCAGUUCACCAUAUGGGACUUUGGUGGGCAGAAGGAGUAUUACUCCACUCACCAAUGCUUCCUCUCGAGGCGCUCCAUGUAUCUGCUGGUGUUCAACUUGAAACACGGGGACAGUGGGGUAGAAGAGUUGAGGCCGUGGCUAAACAACAUACAACUGCGGGCCCCCUGGUCCCUGGUCAUCAUUGUAGGCACACACCUCGACGAGAUACCCAGUGCACAAAAGACGACCAUUGUUAGCGGAAUUCUACACAAAGUCAAGCGUCUUACCCAGGGUUAUCAGAAACUGAUCAUCCCUGAGAUUGUCCCAGUUGCUCUGCGUACACCGCUGGAGAAUAUUCCCGAGCUACGGGAGACCAUCUAUAAGCACGCCGCCGAGUACAAGUACAAUAAGAAGUUGGUCAUGGGUCAGAUGAUCCCAGCCAGCUAUCACAGGCUGGACAAGCAGCUUCAGGUGCUGCGCGAGGAAGCCAAGAGGAGCAGCGGCCAGCAGUCCAUAUUGCACUACGAGCAGUUCAAGAAUCUCGUUGAGCAAAUGAAUCUGGGCAUUCACACCGACGCAGAGCUCAGGACGGCCACCAUAUUCCUGAGAGAUGUGGGGACACUGCUUCACUACGAUGACAAGAGGCACAACCUGCACGAGCUAUACUUCAUCGACCCCCACUGGCUCUGCAAAUUGAUGGCUAGGGUGGUCAGCCCAGAGAUGGGUGCACAAAAACACAUACGAAAUGGCAUUCUUCAAAAACAUGAAAUCCUCAGGAUCCUUGGAAGUCCCGGUUCAGAGAAAUACGUUCAGCAGUACCUCACACUGCUGUAUCGCUUUGAAAUCGCCCUGCCUCUCAACGAGACAAAAGUUCUGGUCACGUCGAUGCUAACCGAUGAACGUCCUGGAAACAUCGACAUAGAAGCGUUUCACGAUCCUCCCUUUUACACCCGUUACAUCACCUUUGGCUCCGCAGCGACGCCACCUGGGUUCUGGAGCCGCUAUCUCUCCCGGAUCAUGUACUCCAUCUCCCAGGCCGCAAAUGCCCUCCAACUGGACACCUUACCAGGUACCUGCAUCGACUCCGUGAGCCUGGGUUUAGAGGAGGUAAAUGAUGCCCAGCCCUCCACCCUAGCAGAUAAGGUAAAGUACUGGGAUUCAGGGCUGUCUUUCAUCGAUCGAGAGGUUGCGUUCCGAGUUGAGUCGCUUUCAGGGUCAAAAAUGAAGCACGUGACCGAAGAGCACGGCGUACUGAUUGUUGCCUCGCCCCAGUGUCGGAAAUAUCCCAACAAUGAAGGGAUUAGAAUCAUUGGUCAGCUGGUGGACAUGGCCCUGUUGUUACUGAGGGACUUGUACCCAGGGCUGACGGAGAUCAAACAAAGGAUCCCGUGCUACGAGUGCGUGCGCAUGCGCAGGCAAAAUCCAUAUGAGUUUAGUGCCCAAGAGUGUUGGGCUGCUAUGGAGGAACAGAAAAGCACAAUCGAAUGCAAGUACGACAUGCAAGACUUGACAAAGAACCACACAAUGGUAGUCAGCAAGAUUGUCCCAGACAUGUUCCUGGACGACAUUGACCACAAGUUCCUCCUGAACCACACCCAGAUCAAGAAUGAAGAAACCGUCCUCACUAGACCGACAGAGUAUGAGAAAAUCUGCCAGGGAGUGUACCGCGGGAGCUUUGUGACUAUAAUGUACCCCUUCAAGAGCAAAGAAGCCCUCAGUAAGGUGAGGUCUGAGGUGCGAAUCCUCCAGAAGUGGCAUCACCCCUGCCUGACCUGCUUGAUGGGGCUAAUAGUCCACCCGAGAAUUGCAGUCGUAAUGGAGAAGGCCCCAGAGAACUCUCUUGAGUGGCCACUGGUCACAAAGAAGUCGCCCAUCCACCGCAUUACCCUGUUCAGAAUUGCAGCUCAAGUUACAGCCGCACUCAAGUUUCUCCACAAGAACAGAAUCCUCUUCAGGGACCUGAAGGCGUCCAAUGUUCUCAUGUGGACGCUUGACCCUGACUCCCUCUGCCACUGCAAGCUCGCCAACUAUGCCCUCUCGACCCAACUCAACCCCACCAAAGCCAAGGCAGAAAAGGGCAUCAUUGCUCCCGAGGUGCUGCACAUGGGAAGUUCAACGCGUUACAAUGAAAUGGCAGACAUAUUUUCGUUUGGGAUGCUCCUGUACCAGAUCAUCAGUCGCAGGCAUCCUUACCACGAGUCAAAUGAAGGUAGAACCUCGAUCCAUGCAGCAGUACACAGGGGAGAGAGACCAAAGUUGCCGAAAGACACCUAUGCCACCAUGGCUUUCCACUACCUCAGGCUUGCGAUGGAGGCAUGCUGGGAUGGGAAUCCACAGAAGCGGCCGGGUGCAGAGAGCCUUGUCGAGUACAUGUGCCUCGCUUCCACGCAGUCAGUCAUGUCCAUCAUCAGCACCAGAAAUUCGAGUUCAAUGAGGCAAGCGAUAGUCGUGAAGACGCAGCGCUGCAAGGAUAUCUGGGUCUGUAGUGAAGGAGUUGAUGGCCUUGAGAUCGACGUCUACAACCUCAGCACAUUCACAAAGAAAGCCCUUCGCAUUGGUAAUCUCUUUAGCUCAAUGUGCCUCUGCAAAGACUACGUAUGGAUUGCAACUAGAAAUGGGGUGAGCAACAACAGUCUGGAGAUUUUCAACCCCUCCACUGCGAAACGUGAACUUGAAAUCAAAAAUUGGGAGUCCAUGGUUUCCUGCAUUUCCUGCUCUGAAGAGAACGUCUAUGUAGGCACCAUCGAUGGCCUAUGCUUCUCUUUCCCCAUUGACCUAAAGAGGUUGAAGCACAAGCUUGAGCCACGAAAAAAGGAGCUCCCUGAGUCAAAACCCAUCCACGACAUUUUGCUGGUGAACCAGGCUAAUGGGAACAAGACCUUGUGGGUGUCCCAGUCUCGCUACCUCUACUUCCUACAGCCAGAGACCCUGGAGAUGGAGCAUGUUCAGUACAGAGGUGACACAGACGACCUGGUGGGCAGGCUCUACAAGUCAGCACACGACCCCUUACUGGUGUGGAGUGCUCAUGUCGGUGGCACCAUGCUCUCUGCCUGGGAUGUUCAGAGCAGAUCCAUUACAUUCGAGGUGAACACAGCCCAAGAAUUGGACAUCAUCUACCACAACCCACGCGGUGGCCAGAGUGCCAUCACAGCUGUAGCGCCAGCCUUGAACACGGUCUGGGUUGGAAUGACGUCUGGCCACGUACUUGUGUUCUCAGACCGAGAACUCUUGGCCUGGUAUCAGCCAUAUUCGUCCUACAUACAGUUCGUCACUGCCAUUCACGAUACUGGUCCCUGCAAGACUGAGCGCUGUCUGGUACUGACAGGAGGCCAGCGUUUCCUGCAGCUUAUACCAGACAAACACAAGGAGAUAAGGGAAGUUGCUCCAGGCGUGAGUGGGGCAGUAAUGGUGCUGUUUGAGGCGUUCGACAAGAAGUUGACGAAACAAGUGAGGUUCAUUGAGACCAAAUCGUCAGAGCUGUUUGAAAGUUUCCACACACUGCGCAACAACCUCAAAAUAGAAGAGCUCGGUUUCAAAGACGGUACACACGUUCUGCCUGAAGAAAACUUCAUAGUCCACUUGUUUGCAGAAGAGAAAGAAGUAUUUGAAGUAUCGUGUCCCAAGCCACUGAAACUGAUCACUCUGCUGGAUAAAAUUCAAAGGAAGGUGAAAGACCCAGACAUCACUCUCAGAAUAGAGUAUCGAAACGGAGAGUCAGGGGAAUGCAUUGAGAUUCACUCCCAACUAGACCUAUUAAAGUACGCAAAGAUGAAGGACAGACCAGAACUCAUAUGCCACCUUGGUCCAUUUUUGGCUGAUUAGACUGCGUGUGUAAAAUUAUAGCUUUUACUUAAGAUCACUGCUAGUCACUAAAAUGUCCAGCAUUGCUUGUUUAU